AUGUUGCUCAGACUCUGUAACCUUUCCCUUUUCAAGUUGCAUAUGAUAUAUGACCCUAUUACAGUGUUUCCUCCUGUUAAGCUGAUUAAACUUAUAGAAGCAUUUGAAAAGCCUCGACCGAUCUCUCUACGGACAAUCACUCUAAAGAUUCUCGGACGGGAUUUAGCUGGUGUUCUUCUUAACAGAGAUGUGAAUUUGGACCCAUUAAGCAAAUGGUCGAAGGUAUUGAUCCAGGCUGUGGAACAACUAGUUGAAAAUAAACCUCCUGAAAAGAUGACUUUGAAUCAUCUUGCAUGGUUAUAUUCAAUCAUGUUAACUACAGCAGUGGUAAAACUCGCUCUGUGGCUUUACUGGAAAAGCUCAGUGAAUGACAUUGUUCGCGCCUAUACAAAGGAAUUUUCUCUGAUUACGGGGAUAAAUUGUUCAACAUAUUCCCGUGAAUUAAAAAUGAAAAAAGUCCUCCAAAAUGGUGAAAGUUUUCAUUUUAAAGUGACAAAGAACAAGAGUAUUACUGUUGUAAGGCUAAUUAGCCUGAUCAAAGCUAAUAGGCUGACUAAUCAGCAAAAGUUGAAGGGCACUUUAGUUUGGUUUGUGCACUCGAUACUGUUGGCAAAGGACCUGUCAAAGAAGGCUCAGUUAAAAGGUGUGACUGUCCUCACUUCAUCAGUAGAGUUCGCAGAUGAAGAUGAAGAUUUGGGUGGUCACAAUUAUGUCACAAGUCCAGCACGUGAUUGUGAUCAUGCUGGUUCAUGUGGACUCAAAACUGCACCAAACACUUCUAAUAAUAAAGACCUGCGUGAGUGUGUUGCUUUGCUUGAGAAAUCUAUUUUGGAUAUUGCUUUUUUUGUUAGAGAUGAGAGGCUAAGGAGAAUCAAGAACAAAAAGAAGCAACAAGAUCAAUCGCACGUCGAUAGUCUCCCUCAAAUCCAACAUCAAGUAAACCUCGAAGAACUCACAGUUGUAGUAAAUGACCUUGCAUCAACAUAUGAAAAAGUGAAAGAAGAGAAGAAAGAAGAACAAAUGAAAGAGGAGAAGGCAAUAGAGAUGAAUAGGAUAAGAAAGAAAAAGAAGAAAAAAAAGAUGAGGAGAUAG